AUGGACGAAGGUAUACUUUCAUCGUUGAGUGACGUUAAUAAAGAUCUCAAGAAAGAAUACAAAUCAUUCAGAAAUAGGAUCCAAAGUAUACUGCUGGACAAUGCGUUUUUGAAAAAGAGUGUCAUACCCAGAUUCCCAGAUUUCCCCCUGGUUCCGAAUGAGAGAUGUGGACUAUGGUAUUGUGAUCCUAGCGACUUUACCAGGACUUCUUAUUUCAAAAGUACCGAUGGACACGUAAACAUGUGGGAUUUUAGUACCAGAAGGUUAAAUUUCCAUAUUCUGCCUCUGAUCGAAGAAAAGAACGGACUCAUAAUUGUAGACAGCACAAGACGUGGUAAGACUAUGCCUGAUGCACUCAGCAAAACUGUCCCCAUUUGGUGCGCUGUGUUGAAUACGCUCAUGGUGGAAUCAAGUCCUCAGAAGGUCGACAGACAGGUUCUUUUUUUACCUCCUGGAAUAUUAACGGUGUCUGAAUGUGACAGAAUUAGCAAGCGAAUUCCUGAAUUGGUUGAUAAGCUUAAGAGAAUUGAUGUUAUUGAUGGAAAAACAUUGUACCAGCGAUUUAACGGUCGCCUUCUGCGACCCCUCUGGGUCUUUCCAGGAUCUCCGUUACUUCAAGCGUCGACAGACCCAUUCACAGGCCGGAUAGUACAAGAAAAAUGGGAAACUGCAGAAGACGAAAGAAUCAUCCCUAUUGUAUUAUGCACAGUAAGUUAUAAGGCUCAAGAUGGGGUGGAUAAGAGGCAUGGUUUUACGUAUGUACAGGGAGCUGCGGAUGAUCAUGAACUAUGGUCAUGUGGAUUGACAUCCCAGAUGCUAUGGGAUAAUUUAAAUUUUUUGGGAGAUCCGACCAAAUCAGAUGACAGCCUCCAUACUUUCGUGCGUCAACUAGUUUCUAAAAAGGAAAGGAACAUAGAUAGCUCAAGCUUUUCAAAUGCAUUUCCAUGUAUCAACCACAUUACAAGAGAAUUAGUACUGGGCCGAGUCGUGGACGGCCUUGAUAUAAAGUCAGAAAUGGUUCGGAUGCUGGCCCAAGAAUAUUCACUGGUGAUAAUUUUGAGCAAAAAUGUUACAUUAUCAGUUGUCAACGAGAGGACAAGUGAUAUCAUAAAAAUAUAUCCGCUGCAAAGUGGUUGCAAACGCAGCUCGAAGGACCUAAGGGGAAAAUUGCCUGAGAUAUCCUCUUUGAUAUCCAAUCAUAUCAGAAGUCUUAAGUGCCGUGAUAAACCCAUCUUAGUGUCCUGCAAUUCCGCUACAGACAUGUCAAUUGGUGUCCUGCUCUCUGUUCUCUGUAGUAAUUACCAACUCGAUUGGUAUUUGCAAGCACCUACGAAUGUUAACAAAAUUAUUAUUCGUAAGCACCUCACCAAGCUCAUAACACUUCUCGAGGACCGCAACGUAAAUCCAUCAAGAGCGACCUUGAAUAGUGUCAAUAGCUAUUUAAUGUAG